AUGUUGAAUAGCAACCUUGCCGUUCAGUUGAGCCAAGCACGGGCAAGACAGCAGGCGCAAGAAGCCAGCCGCUUGAGCUCGCCGUUUCUGCAACACUUAGCAUAUCUGUUUGGCCCGUUUUCAGCGGUCUGGGCUCUUCUCUGGGCAGCAAGGUGGCGCUACAGCGAUGCAGAGCGCCUGCGAGAGCUUGAGUCUAAGCCUGGAGGAGCAAUCUUGCUGGACCUUCUUGCAUGGAGAGUAACCGCGCACCUGGGUCCGUACCAGGUGCCUAACUUCUCCAAAUCCAAGAUGCAUGAAGAACCUCUGAGGGUUCUCCAGGACCCUCUGCUUCUGGACUAUGAACGGAUGCGGGCACUUAGCAGGCUCGGGCAGCUGUCGCAGAGGCACUUGGCGGCGUUGGGUUUUUCACCCCCAGGUGGACAGCCAGGUUCGCCCUUGAAAGCGAUAGAGCCAAUUCUCUUUGAGGCCUUCUACGAGGACCCGGCCAGUCAAACACAGACUCCUGGCACCAGCUCUGACACGCAUCGGGCUCUUGCGGCCAAGAUCAUUCUGGAUGUGGUAGCCGCCUGUCCAUUCGAGGAGCGGUGCGUUCCCGCUUGGGUUCUCAGUGGCUUGGUGAAGGCCCAAGGCAUCCCGUGGCAAGUUGGUCCGCAAGGAGAAGAGCUGCGUGCAACGCUCCUGUGCCAACUGUUGCGCACUCCAUCCAAUGCAGCAGCUGCUGGUUCACUGAGAGAGGUAAGGGAAUAUCUGGGUGGCGCAGGCAUGAAGAGGAAGGAAGACACGAUUUGGCCAUUGAAGGCCUACCUGCUCAGUGGCGAGACUCAUGAUCUGCUUCGCAGGGGAGCCAAACUGGUGACAAAGCAGUGCCCGGGUUCAAUUGAACUGCAGAUGAGGAGGAAGAGAGAUACUCCAAGCCUCCAAACAAAGCGAGACCUGCGCAACCUUUGGACUUCCAUUUUGCUUACUGCAGGAUGGGCUUCUUUCCGCCACUGGACUGCAGUCUUCACUGCCCAGGCAGUGCUUCAGCUUGCUGCUGGUGUUGGCGGUGCCAUUGCAGGUACACUUGUGCUGGAAGCAGUUUGGAGCGCAGAAGAGCAGGUCAUCCAAUCAGACUGGUACUGGCAGGAUGCCUAUGGUUCAGUGCCGUCUGCAGCCAUGGUGGUGAUCAACUGCGUGGCUCUUGCAUGGGCCUCGCGCUUCUCCUGCAUCCUUCCGUUUGUUGCGUGCAGACUGUUCAAAGAUGACUACCUGGACGCGCAUCGGACCUUCCCCUGA